CCAUUUGUUAAAUGUACAUUAAAAGAUACCAGUGAAUAUAUUCUUUCAACAGUUGGUGAAGAACAUUUACAACGAUGUAUCGACGAUCUUACAAAAAUAUAUGCUCGUGUUGAAAUAAAUGUAUCAACACCAAUUAUUCCAUUUCAUGAAACAAUUAUUGCACCACCAAAAGUUGAUUUUCUUAAUGAAUCAUUAGCAAAUCAACAACAACAAUUCGAAUCAAAUAAAACAAUUGAAGAAAGACUACCAUGUUUAUUAGGGAAUGGUUUAGUUGAAUUAAGUACUCCAAAUGGUCAAUGUACAUUUCAAAUUCGAGCAGUAGAAUUAUCUGAUGACAUCGCUCUUUUACUUAAAAUACAUAGUAAAUUACUUGCAGUCAUUGAAGAAGCUCAAGGACGUGAUAAUAGAAAAGUAACUGUUCAAUUAAAUGAUCAAACACUUGAUCAAAUUCGACAAUUACGAGAACGAUUAAAUGAAAAAUUUAUUGCUGCAAAUGGAAAUAUAUGGAAUUCAAAUACAGUUGAUGAAAUAUGGUCAUUUGGUCCAGACAAAUGUGGAUCUAAUCUAUUGAUUAAUCGUAUUCAAAACAGUAUUUAUAAACAACAUGGUUUAUCUAUUUGGAGUAUUGCUUUAAAUAAUCAAACAAAAAUGGAUACAAACACAACAUUUACAAAAGAUGAUUAUGAUUUAAGUAUUAUUAAAGAAUUUCAAUUAGCAACAGCUAAUGGAUUUUUAUGUGCCGAUCCAGUCGAGGGUGUUGCGUUUGUUAUUGAAAGAUGGACAAUAAAUAAAAUUGUUAAUAAUGAAAAUAAUGAUGAACAACAAGAAACAUCAGGAAUUAAUAAUACUGAUUCUGCAGCGACCACAGCAACAAUAAAUCCUGUUGAUGAAAUCGAAAGUUUAAUAGAAACAAUGGGUAUUACAACUGAAGAAUCUUCGACAUUAUAUAUUCAACAAAAACCUCAUCUUGUUAUAGAUAAAUCAAAAGUUGUUAUCAAACAUGAAUCAUUUUCUGAUCAAAUAAUAUCAACUGUACGUGAAGCUUGUCGAAUAGCUUAUUACAAUAGAGUCCCAUUCGUGGAAAUCGAUGAUCCAAAUAAUCUAAAAGUUGAUUUUAACCGUUCCAAGAUUUGUUAUACAACAAUCUUCACGGAUGCAUUAUCAACUUGUAGAGGAUUUCUUAUAACGGGAAAUAUAGGUGAACAACCAUUCGUUUACUUAGCUCAUCGGUCCAAAACUUACGAACCCCCGUCAUUCACACCAUCAUCAACAUUAAUAGAACUACUUGAAGAUUUAACAGAUGAUAUGACAAUGAAAAUUUUUAAUAAUCCGCCACCAAAUACUAAAAAAAAUUAA